AUGGCUUUCAGACAAUUGAAAGGUAUUCAAGAACUAGAUGUUUCUAGGAACAACUUGUCUAGACAAAUUCCAAGGUUUCUUGGGGAGUUUCGGUUCUUUCAAUAUCUCAAUCUUUCCUACAAUAUGUUUGAUGGUGAAGUUCCGAAUGGAGGAGUUUUCACAAACAUUAGUGCCUUCUCAAUUGUUGGAAAUACUAUUCUUUACGGGAACAGAAGGUCAAGACAACAAGUCAAUUUAGCCUCACAGUUGAAAAACCAAUAUCCACAACUCUCUUAUGGAGAACUUUUUCAAGCAACCAGUGGAUUCUCUGCAGCCAACUUAAUUGGUAAGGGAGGACAUGGUUAUGUCUAUAAGGGGAUUCUCAACUCGGAUGAACAAAUUUUUGCUGUGAAAGUACUCAACCUACAUGAAUGUGGAGCACACAAGAGUUUUGUAACAGAAUGUGAAGCACUGAAGAACAUUCACCACCGAAAUCUUGUCAAGAUAAUUACAGCUUGCUCAAGCAUUGAUUUUAAAGGCAACGACUUCAAGGCUUUGGUCUUCGAGUUCAUGGAAAAUAGGAGAUUAGAAAAUUGGUUACACCCAAGUCUUUUAGAGCAACAUGAACCUAAGAACUUGAACUUUGUUCAAAGGCUAAACAUUGCCAUUGAUGUGGCAUGUGCAUUGGAUUAUCUUCACCAUCAUUGUGAAAUGGCUUUUAUUCAUUGUGAUUUAAAACCAAGUAAUAUUCUUCUUGAUGGUGAUUUGUGUGCCCAUAUUAGUGAUUUUGGCUUGGCAAAGAUUUUUUCAGCAACCAAUGGAAUUUCUAUUCAUCAGCAAUCAAGUUCAAUUGGGAUUAGAGGAACAAUUGGCUAUGUUGCCCCAGAGUAUGGUAUGGGUGAGGAGGUAUCAACGCAAGGUGAUAUGUACAGUUAUGGAGUGUUACUACUAGAAAUGUUCACAGGAAAAGGACCAACUAGUAACAUGUUUACAGGUAAUGUAAAGCUCCAUAGCUAUGUAAAAAUGUGUCUUCCAGAGCAAGUAAUGCAGAUCGUUGAUCCCAAAAUCAUAUUGGAAAUGGAAGAGGAGCCAAGUAGGAGCAUGCAAAGUAGUACAACCAACAUUUCUAAACUAGAGGCUUGCCUAGUACUAGUCUUUCAAAUUGGAGUUUCAUGUUCUGCUAAAAUGCCGAGUGAAAGAAUGAGUGUGAAAGAUGUUCUCAAAGAGCUACACAAGAUUAGAAAUGUAUUUCUUGGGGGUUAG